AGCAUUUUUGAGAGCUUACAGAGUAGCAACAGUCAGACUUUGGAAUUUCAAAGCAUUUCUUAUGUCCAAAGCACCUCCCAGUUUUUACCUGGGAUUCACACACCCUCAUGAAAACCUCUCUCCCCUCCCUUCAGCUACUUUUUAUAAGAGUUGAUUCGUAUCUGCCAGACAUAUUUCUGAGCACAGACACCAGCCAGGUUGACUUCUACUCCAGAAUUUAUCUGCAUCCUUGUUACAAGAUGAAGACAAACACAGUGAUCCGUUGGAUGUCAUUGCUGUCUAUCUGGAUGUGGACUGGAGAAGGUCAGAUAUUCCAGCCUGAGCUUACAUCUAAUGCUUUCCUAGCCAAGGUCACCAGUAAUACAGUGAUACUGAAGCAGCCGUAUUGUGUUUUUAAUCAGACGUGUCCUGGCUGUGAGAUAUGGCUGGUGGCUGGGCUGUGCUCAGCGAAGGGCACCUUUGAUGCUCUAGUAAACAGCUCGACUCCCAACAUCCUCAGCUUGUCACCCUACCCAACAGCAUUCAACCCAUCAUCAAACAACUUCUUUCUGACCAGAGUUGGACUUCUGUCAGACUUCCCCUGUAAUCAGUACCCCAAUGAUCAAUACUUCGUAGUCGGCGCUGAUGGGAUUUGUAGUGGGGUCAACUGUAACGGAGUAUUACCUGAUGGAUCCACCGUUUGUUUCAAGUAUCUUCUAAUCGAUGCUAAUGGGACUCUUGUUCUUUCGUCAGACUGGUCUGGCAACAUUACUCUUCCCAAACUACUAGCCCUUAACACCAUUUCUGAUGGUCUGAGUGCGAGAUCUGGUGCCAUGGUGGUCAUUACUACCAUCCUAUGUGUGGCUGUCGCUCUGCUUUUACUUCUUUUCCUCAUCAUGUUAUGUGUGACCUGCUGUACCAAGAAAGACGGUAAGAAAAUCUCAGUCAUGAACUCAAUCCGUAUCCCCCGCUAUGACACCCACAACCUAAAGGAGCGUGUGCACCCCUACGACAACCCAGCUUACCAGCCGGACUUGAAUAAUUACUCCACAUCAUCCACUCUGCCCAGGGAUGGCGCACGAAAGCUGUGAGCUCCCAAAGACACCGUCACUGCACUGCAUAUCUCAUGGAAAGGAAAAUUACUUUGCAGUAUUUUCUCUUUCAUUGUUAGUUACAAGGCAAAAUAGAGGACAGGAGUAAACUUGAAAUGAACCCAUCAAAUAUCAACAUAUGUUACAUUGCUCUUUUGCACGGCUGUGCUAAAAGCUUCUUUUUAGUCAUCAUCUUCCAGGUUUUUGUAAACUCCUGUGUCCUCAGUAUUGUUUGUGAUCAAAGGAACAGAUGGAACUGAACUGCACUGCACUGACUAUAACAUGCAAAUUCACUAGAUGGCACUGUUUAGUGGGAAAUAUGUGGCAGAGUGCCAGUCAUAGUGUAGUAUUCACUAGUGCAGUGUUUUCUGACUGCUUUCUUGUCUUAGGGGCCAAACAGGUCUAAUUAACCCUUUAUUAACAAAGCAGGUGAUUUAGUUUCUUUUAACUCAUAUUAUAAUGGAUAUAUUUUGUUUUAUUGAUAUUCUUAAAACUUUCUUUUUUCGUUUCUUUUUCAUGUUUAAUCAAGAUCAUAGUCAUCAUUCUCUUAGUUAGUGGUUUUAUAAGUCGUUUUAAUCUUUGUCGGCUAUGUUUGUGCUGUAUGUAUACAAAGCAGUUACCCUGGUCUUUAAUAAUUUAGGUUAAAACAUUAUGAAGUUUAAGUUUGAGCUUUAAGUUAAAAUGUUAUGAAUUUUUCUCAUUUUACAGGUGUUUUAAGUUUUUUUUUUUUUUGUUUAUGAUUGUUAAUCACGUUUUAUGCAGAAAUCUUGCUUAGUCUUAGAGUACAGUCAAAAGUUCAGCCAUUCCAUGUAGUUUCUCAGUUAAGACUUAAUAAAAACAACAUGUUUAAUAAUUAGCCUAUACAGUAAACUUCUAAGGAAGUGCCCUAAAUGUGAUACAGCCUCAUAAUCGAGUAAAGUUUAAUGAUACUCUAACAAGCAUAAAUAUAAUAAGCACACACAAACAUUGGAUAACUCAUUUUAAUGACUCUUUUUGUUAAAACUACUCAGUAUUUAACUAAGUAAAAGUUUAUAAUGCUGCCUUAGAUUUAAGCCUCCACUUAUUUUAUAUAAUAUAAAUAUAAAAUCUGAUUAUUAUUUGCUUAUUUGGACAUAAUCCACUUUUAUUGUCUGGGUAAUUGCACUCUAUACCUUACUAUACUUUCGUGGCAAUUUGUAACUGUUUUAAUUUUUGGCGAAUAGGAGGUGAAUAGGAAUCAUUUGUCAGGUUAAUUUGUAUGUUUUUGUACUAACUGCUUAUGGCCCAUUGAGGGUCAGAUUUAUUCUUGGGCUUCAUGCUUACAUUUCCAUACAAAUUGCAAAGUACAGAUUCAUAUGAAAUUGCCACACCGU